AUUGACAUGCAGCUCUACUCCUGUGAGCACAGCCAUGGAUGGUGUGUUAGAAAGAGCUGUGGUGUUGUGUUCGUGUAAACUGGCCUGCAGUCUUCUCUUCCUGCCUUCGCUUGCUGCGUCCCACAGUCCUGUGAGCUUCUGCUGCUGCUGCCUCCUCAUCUUCACGGACUUCCUGGUUACAGGUUUUUUGAGUCUCCUUUGCGUCUUUAAGUCCUGGGUGACUGACGUGAGCCCACCGGGUGAUGUCAUCGCCCUGCGCUUCCUGCUCUUCCUCAGCCACACCUACGGAGCCGUGCUGCUCUUGACCACAUUUCUGAUUGCUCUGGAGAGCCUGAUCAGACUGCUGUGGCCUCACCUCUCUGUCGAUCACAGGACAGAGAGCCAGACGGUGGGCGUCGAUGGUCAGGGUCGGUACGUUCUGGAUGGAAAUGCCAAAGAGGCGAAGGAAGACAACAGGAGCUUGCAUCAAGUUGUCGGCUUCUUCUGCUGCCUGUCUGUGUGGUUCAUCUCCGCCCUGAGUGUCAGCUGGCACUGGAAGAUGGAGGAAAUAUGGGCUGCUGUUUGUUUGCACACAACCAACUCUCUUGUCAGAUGUCUGCCUAACGCAUUAAGUCCCUUGCCAAUAAAUCUCUGCUGGGGUAUCCUUUUUCUCUUCGUGAUCCUUGUGACCAUGAACAGCUGCCUGCAAAAACGAUGCCAAGUCCCUGCACAGACGCAGAAACCUAAUGACAAGAACCCAUGUAGCUGCUGCAGGCUAAACCUUCUUCCAGCACUGUCUGCACCCCUUAGGCCUGCGCACCCUGGGGCGCCGGUGGCAGAGCCGGAGGAAACGGAGAGCAGCUGCACGGGUAACUCUGCACAUUCCUGCAAGAGCAUGCAGAUGUUGAUGCGUCACCAUGGAAAUUUUGUCCUCGUCGCCACUUGUUCGUCUGAAAAGAGGAGUAUACAGGAGCACGAGAGGACGAAGAAACACGUACCUUUGACAUUUAUUAGAGAAGAGCAUUUGGACUCUCGUCACAUGUGUGGAUGGCGGCUGUGGGGUUUUCCAAGCCCCGAGGAGAAUUUGAUAAUGGGGUUAGUGAGCGUGCUUUCCAUUUUCAUGCUGCCCUUCAACCUCAGCGUGAAUAUUCUUCUGAUCAGAACUAUUGACUUUGUGCUGGAUCGGUGCAUCAGAUCUUUACUCUCAUCUGCAUCAAAUAUCAGAGACACAGCAACUUGUCACAGUGUGAUGCAAGUUUAAAACAAACGGUCAUGUGAUGUAAAAAAUGGAGUGUAGACUUGAAGGUAGGUAUACCUGUUAAUGCUGCUUUGAAAGGAGAAUAAUUACACUUUGCUUAGCAGCUAUUCACAUGGAAGGAAAAAUACUUGGAAACUACUGAAAGGUCCUGAGAGGCAGGUUGAAGCGUGCAUGGGCUCUAAACCCGAGU